CAUCCAGAAACGGUGAAUACGGAGGAAUUAACCUGGAUGGUAAACCCGUUCGCUGUGGGAUUAAUUUGCCAGGAAGGUCGCGGGAGAAGACUGGACUUGUAAUCGGUUUCUUGAGACGGCAGCGAUAAUAAUAAUAUAAAAGAAAGAAGAACACACACACACGCAAAAAAGAAAAUGCCCUCCGGACUCGGGUUGUUUUCGAUGAGGACGGUAUCUCGAAGUGUGAUGGCAGAAGUCCAGUGAAUCGCUGGCCUCCCCUCCUCCUCUUGUGUUGGAUGUCUCGGGGAGAGCGCCGCCGCUGGUUUCUGCUGCUUCGCAUUUAUUUCGAGGUUUUAUUCAAAUUCACACUCUGAUUUGUUCUUUUUUUAUUUGUAUUUUUCUUUUUGUAUGGAGUGCACGCCACCAUGGACAGAUCCGGGUUUGGAAUAGGAGUGGCUAGCUAAAUCGGGCAAAAUGUGGUUAAAUGGAACCGGAACGAGUAGACCGUGAGGAUUCUCUAACCCUAGCCCCCGAGUCCCAACCGUCUGAGAGGGUGUCGGACCUCACUGAGGCAAUACUGGGCUGUUGGCACUAAAAUGUCCCUAAGUGGUGGCACUGCAGGCGGGAAAGGUGUGGACUCUAAUGCGGUGGACACUUACGAUAGCGGGGAUGAGUGGGAUAUCGGUGUUGGAAAUCUGAUUAUUGACCUUGACGCGGACUUAGAGAAGGACAAACUAGAGAUGUCUGGCACCAAAGACGGCAUGGCGGCACCCCCCGGUGCAGUGGCGGCGUUGCCCGACAACAUCCGGUUCGUUAGUCCAGUAUCUGGAGCUCAAGGCAAGGAGAGCAAAUCCAAAUACAAGCGCAGCAAGAACUCUAAAGACAAUAGUAGCAAAGCAUUAGUCGGGGACGGCGGCAAAAAGGAAACGGCAGGACGGACUCUAGCGGAGCCGACGGGCACGGCGGCGGGCGCGGGAGCCGCCGGCAACAACGCCGCCUCUGGGAAGAACGUGGAGAAGGGCGGCAAAGCCUCCAGAGGUGUGCCGAGUGGCAAAAAGGAGAAGGAAGGGGCCGGCGGGAAAAGCAAGAAGGACAAAACGGACGGGGCCCCGGUCGUGGCGAUCGCGGCUGCCGAGAAGGACGUCGUGUCUCAAGCCCAAGUCGCCUCGGGGAAUAGUCGUAACGCGUCCUUCGAGAACACACAAUCCACAGACUUGGCAGACGCCAAUCAAAUGGGGAAUAUUGCACUUGAACCUAUAGGGAUAGUACCAGCGUUGACCACAAAAACUGAACCCGAGGAGGUGGAAAACGGUAAUACUGAAUGCAAGACGUUAAAGAAGGUGACAAAUGAGAAGAUGGAAUCUCCUGUCUCCACGCCAGCUCCUCCCCCCCUCCACCUCCUGGCCACAGUCGGCAACAGUGAGAUUUCCUCGCCGUGUGAGCAGAUAAUGGUGCGCACGCGCUCGGUGGCCGUGAACACGUCCGACGUGGCCCUGGCUACCGAGCCCGAGUGCUUGGGGCCCUGCGAGCCCGGUACGAGUGUCAAUCUCGAGGGCAUCGUGUGGCAGGAAACUGAAGACGGCAUGCUGGUGGUCAAUGUUACUUGGAGAAACAAGACGUAUGUGGGCACCCUGUUGGACUGCACACGGCAUGACUGGGCUCCCCCCAGAUUUUGUGAAUCCCCAACAAGCGAUCUGGAGAUGAGGAAUGGCCGUGGUCGAGGUAAGCGGAUGAGACCGAAUAGCAACACCCCUAUCAAUGAGAACAGCAACUCAUCGGACAACAAGGGCACCACCAACAACAAGACGCGUGCUGCCUCGAACAGCAAGGGCCGGAGGGGGAGCCAGACGCCAUCGGAGCGCCGCACCCCACCCAACAGCAACACCGAGGACAUCAAGGCCAGUCCGUCCUCAGCUGGAAAACGUAAGACCAAACCAGCUUCGGAUAUGGAACCCAAUUCCAGCUCAGAGGACACCAAAGGCAACAAACGUAUGCGGACAAACUCCAACAGUGGUGUGGGACCAACGGGUCUCCCUAUUCCUUCUGUUAAGACCGAGCCACUUCCUCCUCCCCUCGAUCGCAGCUGCCCCUCUCCAGUUCUUAUUGACUGCCCGCACCCUAACUGCAACAAGAAGUACAAGCACAUCAAUGGUCUCAAGUACCACCAAGCCCGUGCCCACAAUGAUGACGACAUAAAGUUGGAAAUAGAUGGAGACAGUGAAUAUGGAGAGGACUCGACUCUCCACCCUGAACCGGGGAACUGUAACGGAGCGUCUAUCUCUCAGAAAGGAUGUUUGUCUCCGGCACGUUCAGUUACUCCAAAAGGCAGGAACUUUGAUGCUCAAAGUCCUUCCCCAUCCCCUGGCAAGUUUGGUUCAAAGCAGAGUAAAAAGAAACUUGCUGAGACGGAUCCAGAAAUGGGAGGUACCCCGACGGACGGGUGUGAGGAUGGGCCGUGCCUCACUGACGAGACCAGUAACGACGGUAUCGAUGAUAAGAGGGGAUCAGACAAGUCGAAAAAGGCUAGCACAAAGGCUGAGAAAUUGGCUCAGAAAAACAUGAAGUCGCCGCGGCCAGUUGGCCCUGGCUCGACAGCAUCCCAGCAGAUGUACCCUUUUCCUCCAGGGAACCCAAGUUCUUCCCCAGGGCUUACCCCAAUGAUCCAAGGGAUUCCCAAGAGCCCCCAAAUGAAGGGCACUCAGCCUAAACCCCCCGUCAUUGGCGACCCUUCCUCAAGUAGCUCCAAAGACAAGAAGAAGAAAGACAAGAAGAAAAAAGAUGGGGGGAAGGAGGCUGACAGCCCCAAGCCGCCGGGAAAGGGAGGGAAACUGGAGGAAGGGAAGCUUCCAUACCCUGAAACUUCCGAUCAAGGAAAUAAGGGAGAAGGUCUCCUCAAUGGUUCCUCAGAUCCUCACCAGAGUCGCUUGGCCAGUAUCAAGGCUGAAGCUGACAAAAUUUACAGCUUUUCUGACAAUGCCCCGAGCCCAUCCAUCGGUGCGUCCAGUCGGAUCGAUGGCAGCGGGAUGCCACAGCCUCUCACGCCACUUCACGCAGUGAACCAGAAUGGUGGAGACAACUCGUCAGUCAAAACCAAUAGCCCAGCAUAUUCAGACAUUUCAGAUGCUGGUGAGGAUGGUGAAGGAAGAGCUGACGGUGCCAAAGUCAGGACAGAGGACCAAGCUGUCAGGGAAAGUGUCAAAAAAGCGCUCUUUCCAACCCCGACACCCAGCAAAGAAUCCCCAUAUUAUCCCAGCUAUGACACUUAUUACUCGCCCAAUUACGUAAACCCCAGUCCUGGCGGGCCCAAUCCAGGCACGCCAGGGGCUGAAGGUCAGAUUAAGAUCAAAAGGGAAGAGGACCAGGACCAAGGGGAGGAGAAAGUCAAAGUUGAGGUUCACGAAGACCGCAAACCUGACACCAUUGCUCUUGGGCAGCAACAACAACAGCAGCAACAGCAGCAACAACAACAACAGCAGCAGCAGCAGCAACAGCAACAUCAGCAACAGCAGCAGCAACAACAACAACAACAGCAUCAGCAACAGCAGCAGCAGCAGCAGCAGCAACCCUCAGUCAUCCAACAGCGAUCCAACAUGUACAUGCAACCUCUUUACUACAACCAGUAUGCGUAUGUCCCUCCGUAUGCAUACCAUCCUGACCAAGCCUACCAUAACCACUUGAUUAACACCAACCCAGCCUACCGGCAACAGUGUGAAGAACGGCAGCGACAGAUCGCCGAACAGCAUCGUGCAGAGAAGAAGUCUGACGUAGCUUUAAAAGAACGAGAAGCCUCCAUGAAGGAGUGGAAACAAAAGAGCCCGAUGCCGCCAAGCCUCUCCAAAGCCCCGAGUCAGUCGGACCUCGGAAAGGCAUCGCAGCCCCCGAGCAAACCCAGGGACUCGCCCUCUGAGCCCUCCUCGAAAUCCCAAGCAAGCAUAAAGGGGGAGGACUCCAAGUCCCAGCAGGCAGAGGGGCUAAAGAUGAAGCUGACUGAAGGGGGCCACCAUGGGAAGGAAGACGCCAAGCAAGCACUGGAGUCCAGAGGUCAGGCAGGGAUGGAGCAAGCCAUGUGGUACAGACAGCAGUAUCCGGAGAGCCAGAAGCCCCAAGCGGAAGACGAACACCAGCAACAACAACCUCGAUGGAAAGACGAAAGGGACAGGGAGCGGGAACGCGAUCGUAAAUUAAAGGACGACAGGCCCAGGCCCAAGGACAGUCCAAGUGGGCUUAAGGAGGACGGCAAAGAGGGCAGUGAUCCCAGAAUCACUUCUGAGGACCACCGGGUCAUGAGCAAAGACUCUCGUUCUAAUCCCCACAUGCAGUUCUCAUCACCACUUGCACAGCACCAAGGCUACAUGCCCUACAUGCAUGGUUACCCCUAUGGACAAGGCUAUGACCCCAACCACCCUGGAUACAGGGGCAUGCCCUCGGUCAUGAUGCAGAAUUACCCAGGUUCGUACCUUCCCGGAGGCUAUCCGUUUUCUCCGUAUGGCACUAAAAUAGCCGGAGGCGACGAGGGCGGAGACAAAUCGCGCGCCAGCCCCACCGUCACCAAAACGGCGGCGGACUCCAAAGCCCUGGACAUCCUGCAUCAGCACGCCAGCCAAUACAAGAGCAAAUCCCCCACAGUAGGGGACAAGCCACCCCACGAGAGGGAGAGGGAGCAGGACAGGGGAGCCGGGGGAGACCGGGAAAGGGAGCGAGACGUGGACCGACCGCGCUCCUCGCCAUCGCAGCGCAUCAUGCCCUCGCACCACCACCUGGGGUACCCCCUGCUCUCAGGGCAAUACGACCUGUCCUACGCCACAGGUCUCUCCUCGUCAGCUAUUGUUGCCAGCCAACAAGCAGCAACCCCCUCCCUCUACCCACCACCGCGGAGGUGAGAACGGGAAACCUGACCGUCACACCUCAACCCUGCAAAGAUUCAUGUGACUGGCUCACAUGAGACGCGAAUCCCCCGGGUGUUACCUUUUAGACAUCAGUUGAAUGGUGUUUCUAUCUAUAUUUUUAGUCCUUCUGCCCCGAGGCAAAGCAGAUUGUCUUUUUUGUGUGUUUUUUUUGCUGUUGUUGUUUUUUGUCCUAACCUCGUAAAUGAGCCCAGAUUUCCCCAAAACCUUGGACUAUAACAGGACUGAUAAUAAACCCAGGUUCAAAGCCAUCACUCUGCCGCACCACGCAGAGGAAUCACCGACCCGCUGAUUAUCUAGUCUUUGCACUGUCAACAAAUACAAUGCAAAAAGAGACUAUUGGACUGCCACAACAGCUUCUUUUGUUGUUGUUUUUAGUUGUUCAUUUUUAAAAAAUUUUUUCUUGAUUUCUUUAUGACUGCAUUGUUUUGAUUUUUUGUCACGCGCAGAAGGAAAUUGGCAGGGGACUUUGAUGAGUUGGGUGGCUGGUGGGGAAAGGGGAGUCAAACUAAAUAAAAGACUGAAAAGAAAAAGAGAAUCAUAUUGAAAUGGUUUCAUCUGUCUUUGGCUUAUUGUAUGCCGUGAAACUACAGUAUAUCCUUAACUUGACACAUGUUUGGCUAUAUUUCGGGGGGGGGGAGGGAAUAUGGCGAUCGCUGCUUUCUUCAGAGACUUGAGAGCCUGAGACUGAAGUUUUUCUUCUUCUUCAUUUCCCCAUCGUCAUUGUCAAUUCCCAUCCUCUUUGAACCCUCAGUUCUCGUUUCAGGGAUGAUGUCGUCGUCGUGUUUUUUGUUGCGAAGGGGACCGCACACACCUCAACGGAGACGAAACACUAUUCAUGUUUUCUUUUCUCGGUAACUCUUCAGCCCUGCUCCAUAUCAUUGUGCUCAUCCUUGAAUGUGUCUGAUGCUGGUAUGAGUCCUGUUUAUUUUUUAUUUAUUUUUUAUUUUUUGCCCCCUCGCAAUGAAAAAGGGGUUCACAUCCGCCGUUGCACUCGAACACGGUGAAGCCACAUCAGCGAGCGACGAGUUCACGGGGGGCGAGGUCUUUGUGUUCCGACUGGUUGUGCUUCACGCGGCUCGUCCUCCUUUUCAGUCGCUUCCUGUAAACAAUGUGACAUCUCAUUCAACUCGUGUGUUUCGUCUGCUGUAAUAGAGACUUUUAGUCGACUUUUCUGUGCAUAAAUGUUUAUAUUUAUCCCAGCACUGUUAAAUAGCUUCUCGGCCUUCGUUUCUGGCCGCGCUUCUUCUUCGCUCGUCUCGCUGCACUUUGUCGAUCUUUCCCCUUUUUUGUUCUUCUUGUGGGUCCCGCGGCGCAUCACGAGCUCCACACCUCACAGUCGUCCCCGACGUGUCGCGUCCAGUUGUCCAAGUCCUUUUUUCAGAGACUCGAAACACGACGUCUAAAAGGGCCGCCGGUUCCUCUCGCCGCUUCCCUUGCACAUUCCCCCCCCGGGCGGUUAGCGUGGGUUUCUUUCAAAAGAAAAGCGUCUCUCUUUGGAUCCACUGGGCCAAAGAGUGCCGAUACCUCAAGAGGAACAUCUGUCUUUGUCCAGCUGCUGCCUGUUAGACCGUCGACAUGCCGGCACACCAAGCGUGCGUGACACGACCCCAGUGUUGAAUGAAAGUGAAACGUGACACCGACCGGUCCGAUGCAGACUUGUGAACUUAAAGGACAAGUGUGUAGGAUUUAGCGGCAUCUCGUGACCCCUCCCCUCCCUCUCCGAAGCGCGCGGAAGAACCUGCGGUGACCUUCAGGUGCAUUCGCGUCACCAAAUUUAUUUAAAAAAAUUAAAAAGCAGGAAAGGCCCGUUCUCGAGCUCGUGUUUGGUGUGUCCCCUCUGGGCUCCUGUAGACGCAUGGCUCCCUAAUGAAGACACGAAGGGCCCGUUCUAGGCGAACGACACAAUGACUCUGAGUCGCAGGUGUUUAUACGCUAAUGAAAGCAUACUAGUGAGUGCUACAUACCAUUUCUGCGAAGAUUGCCCCGAAAUCAUAUGCACUGGUCCAUUUUUUAAAUAUGAAGGAGGGCGAGCCCGUGGAAAGCUCCCGGCUAAAGCAACGCAAACGAGUGAAAGGUGACGGAAGUCAGGAGGCCCGACAUUCAGCUGAGAAGAAGCACGUUGCACCAGGCUUUUGGAUCUCAACCCAGUGCUGCUGCGCUGAUAUUUCACUUUAAAUCUAUUGGGGGGGGGGGUAGAAAGCGACAGUCAACAGGGCUUGUUCCACCAGAGGACCCUCGUGGCUUUGAGUUACAGUCCUCUUGUAUCUCAGGGGUUGUAAUUGAAAUUCUCUCGGGAUUCCAUUUGCAUUGAUUCGAGAGGGUCGUCUGUUUCUGGGUGAGGAGGAGAAGAAGACAAUAAUUAAAUGUUCUGCUCUUGAUCCGGACGUGCUGCUGUUGCGGUUUCAUCCAUAAAUGACAGAUUGGUUCGGCACAGGGACUCGAGGAAGGUGUUGUGUUGUUGACGCUCUUCAGGUUAAAUUCAAUUUUUUUGAUUUUUUUUCCCCUCACACUUGUAAUGUUCCCAUUGAUGUAGUUUUUUCUCAUUAAAUACCGUUCGUGAUCAAGUCCAUAAGCCACCGGUUCCCCUCACGUUUAACACCCUCUGGAGGCUUGACGUUUGUGGAGUACGAAGCUGCAGCCGUUCAUUUCGAGGUUCUCGGACAUUCCCAAGUAAAUAAGUUGCAGUGUCACGUCUCACGGAAGUUUGCAAGCUGGUUUUAUCUUCUUCUUUUUUUUUGCCGCAUUUUUAAGGACGAAUGGCGGACGUGAAAAAGCUGAAUGUGGUGGUGUUUGACUUGUACUUUAAUCUGUAAGGGUGAUCUAGGCAGCUGUGUUGUCUUUAAAGUCGGUGGGUUUUAGUGCCAGCGGACUGCAUACAGUACAUAUAGUUUGAUCAGACGAUGGUUGUGACAAGUGCAUUUGUUCUCUCUCUCUGACUGAGUCGUUAUGUUAUCUCGGUAGUAAGCGAAGCCCAGUGAAAAUCAUAUAUACUGAAGUGUAUGAAAAGCCAGAAAAGUAAUGUCUGCUAUCAACAUAUUGGAAAGUGCUUGGCUCUUGUGUUUUGCAGGACUGUAUUUGUUUCAUGGUGAAGAGUAUAUUUAUUGGCCAGCAGUUGUCUCAAUUGGUGCCUAGUUGAACAUUCUUCUGUGAAAACACAGAGUCACUUGCUCGUUUGUCCUUUUUUUUAUUUUUCCUCCCCCCUCACCUACUCUCUCACCCCACCCCCACUCCCCAUCUUCCCCCCACCACCCCAAAAGUACCCGUUCUGGUGCUUGCAAGGAUGUUUACAAUGUCUACAUUUUCUGUGUGUGUGUGUGUGUGUGUGUGUGUGUGUGUGUGUGUGAGCUAUUCAGAACUCUUCACCCUCUCCUCCGUUCUCCCUCCCGUCAGGAGUUUGUGUAAAGUGUACAUUGCCAUGGUUCUUUUUUAUACAAUACUCUGUAACUUGCCUUUGUAAAUUUGGGCUGGAAAAAAAUAAAUCUUUUUAUGAGACAAUC